AUGGAAUCCACACACGAACCAGCUGACCCCAUCGCUAAGGGGGUGUUGGCGACAGCCAAACAGUCAUGGCACGACCUGUUCAUCUUCAAGCAGCGCGUCGUCGUGACAAACGAACUCGGCGAGACGAGCACAGAAUGGGCGCGGCCCGUCCCGUUGCGCAACCCGAUUAGUCUGCUAGCGCAGCUCUCGGCGCGCAACUGGCUAUUUUUCAUUGUUGGCUUCCUCGCCUGGGUCGCCGAUGCCUACGAUUUCCACGCGCUCUCGAUUCAGCAGGUCAAGCUGGCAGAGUUCUACAACACGACCAAGACGAAUAUCUCCACUGCCAUCACCCUUACCCUGCUGUUGCGGUCUGUAGGUGCCGCCUUCUUCGGCCUUGCUGGCGACAAAUGGGGCCGCAAGUGGCCAAUGGUUGCCAACAUGAUUGUGCUCGGCGUGCUGCAGAUUGGCACAAUCUACAGCGUCACCUUCUCCGACUUCCUGGCUGUGCGCGCGCUGUUCGGCCUGUUCAUGGGCGGUGUCUACGGCAACGCCAUCGCAAUGGCACUCGAAAACAGCCCGCCGGACGCCAGAGGUCUGAUGUCUGGCAUCCUUCAGCAGGGGUACUCCCUCGGCUAUGUGAUUGCCGCAUGCGCAAAUCUCGGCGUCGGUGGCGGCGACAACAGCUGGAAAACAGUAUUCUGGAUCGGUGCUGGCCUUUCCAUCGGCGUCGGCCUCGUACGCUGCUUCUUCCCCGAGUCCCAGCAGUUCCUUGAGGCGCGAGCGGCCGGCAAGGGACAGGCCAGCGCGUCAGCCUUCUGGAAGGAGACCAAGAUGAUGCUCGCGCAGGAGUGGAAGAUGUGCGUCUACUGCAUCAUCCUCAUGACUUGGUUCAACUACUAUAGUCACACGUCCCAAGAUAGCUACACCACCUUCAUGCUCACCCAAAAGGAGCUUGAUAAUGACGGUGCUAGCCGCGCCAGUAUCCUCAUGAAAGUCGGAGCUUGCGUGGGUGGGACCAUUAUUGGCUAUAUCUCUCAGUGGUUCGGUCGACGGCGCACCAUCAUUGUGGCCGCCCUCAUCAGCGGCCUGAUCAUCCCGGCGUGGAUCCUGCCCGAGGGCGAGCGCAGCCUGUCGGUCACGGGCUUCUUCAUGCAGUUCUUCGUUCAAGGUGCCUGGGGCGUCAUUCCCAUCCACCUCAACGAGUUAUCCCCGCCCGCCUUCCGCUCGUCCUUCCCCGGCCUGACGUACCAGCUCGGCAACAUGAUCUCGUCGCCAUCGGCUCAGAUCGUGAACGCCAUUGCCGAGAGCCACUCGGUAACGAGCAAGAGUGGGAAGUCGGUCAAUGCGUACGGCCCGACCAUGGGAAUUGCCACGGCAAUCAUUGCCACGGGAAUCGCAGUCACCACCGCGUUGGGCCCCGAAAAGCGUGGCCGCGAGUUCGAAAAGACACUGCCGGCGGGUAUGAACAUCAUUCAGGGCGGGAAGGCGGUGGACGACUUGGAGAAGGGCGAUUCGAGGGACGAGAAACCGGUGGUUGGAGAGGUGGAAGGUGGGAAUGACGGAUCAGGGGAGAAGAAAUGAGGAAACUUACGGGGUUGCGGGCUAGCGAAACAGACGUCACAUCUUGGUUCGACCGAGUAAUGCGUCCCCAGUCCUGUGCGCUGCCGAGAGAUGGGUCGGAGGUAAACCAAGUUGCGUUGAUGGACGCACAGAUGUCAUGCUUUGCGCAUCAACGGCGGGUCAUAGCCUCAGUUCAACCUCAGCGAGCUCUUGAGAGUCUCAACACCCUCCAACAGG